AUGCUUCAAAAUCACCAACCACAACCCUUACAAAUAAUAUCACCACAUGUUGUGGGUGACCCAUUUUUCCCAACCGUCGGUCAGCGAAGAGAUCGAUGGGUCUUAGAAAGAACUCUGGGUUCUGGUGGAUUUGGUACUGUGACACUUUGGAAAAAUGAGGAAACUGAAGAGGAGAUAGCUAUUAAAAAAUGUCGUUUAGAAGGCAAUAUGUCUCAGAAGAACUGUAAAAGAUGGCAGAUAGAGGUGGAUAUCAUGAAGAGACUAAAACAUGAGAAUGUAGUUGCAGGAUUAGAUGUUCCACCCGGUUUGGAAUCUCUACAAGACAAUUUGCCAUUGUUAGCCAUGGAAUACUGCUCUGGUGGAGAUUUAAGAAAGGUAUUAAAUAGUCCUAAGAAUUGUUGUGGAGUGAGUGAAUAUGAGGUGCGAUGUUUAGCCUAUGAUAUAUCAGCUGCUGUGGAGUAUCUACAUAGUAAUAGAAUUAUACAUCGUGAUCUUAAACCUGAGAAUAUUGUUCUACAACCAACAGGAGAAAGGACUAUGUACAAGUUAAUAGAUUUAGGUUAUGCCAAAGAAUUAGACCAGAGCAGUGUUUGUCAAUCAUUUGUUGGUACUCUACAAUAUUUGGCGCCAGAAUUAUAUAUAGGACAGAAAUAUACUCAAACGGUAGAUUACUGGUCAUUUGGUACUGUAAUAUUUGAAGCUUUAACUGGUACUCGACCAUUCUUACCCAAUUCACCACCGCUACAAUGGCAUAAUGAAGUCAUGAAGAAAUCUCAGGAUGAUAUUUGUGCUUAUUUUGGUAAUGAUGGAACUGUCAAAUUCACAAAGAAAUUAUUAACUCCUAAUCAUUUGACCAAAACGAUGCAGAAAUAUUUUGAAGAUUGGUUACGACAGAUGUUGAGAUGGGACCCGAAAACUCGCGGCGGCGGUAUGUCCAAUGAAAAACGCCAAAAUUGUUUUCUUCUAUUGGACAGAAUUCUUUCUAUCAAAAUUUCCAAUAUUCUGUAUGUAGAAGCCAAUCAGUUAAUCUCUGUGCCAGUAUCCAGCCAACAAACAAUGCAGGAAUUACAACGUUUAAUAGAACAGCAGACAAAUAUACCAGUAAAUGACCAGGACAUAUUACUGGCCAGUGGAUUAACUCCAGAUUAUAAUAAACCUGCUUCACAAUGUUGGUCAGAACCGCGAGAAGAGGAAUUGUUAGUUUUUCUAUUUAAAAAGAGCGAGACUAAUCUGUCAGCUCGGAAAGAUAAACAACUACCAUUAGCUGUACAGUAUAUUGUUAGAGAACCUAAGGUUAUGUUAGCGUAUUCUGAACAAAAGAAAGCCUGGGCCCAAUCAGUUUACUUCUGUCAAGAACAAAAUAGAGAUUUUCAUCGUUUAAUUGGUAGCCAACAAGCUGUAAUGUUGAGUUUAUUGAGAGCUAACUCAGAAUUUGUACGUCUAAAAAAUCAGAUGUCAGCUGAAGUUGGCCAGAUGUUGGCCAGGAAAGAUCAAUUCAAAGAAAGUUUAGAAUUAGACAUGAGCAAAUAUGAGGAUCAAAAGAGUGAAGGAAUUAGGUCAGAACAAAUGUUUUCUAAAUGGGAAAAAACUGCUGAUGAAAUUGAGCAAUAUGAUAAUUUAAAAGGAUAUGCUAAUAAGUUAGAUCAAGAUGCUAGUGUAUUACAAACCAGAAUCAUUGAGUUACAGAAAAGCCCUUUUGCUCGUGGUAAAAACUACACCCAUCUUGCUGACUGUGAAGAUAAAGCCAAGAUUUUGUAUGGAGAAUUAAGACAAGCAGGAAAAGGUAAUCACAGGAAUAAUGUAUUACUAGAACAUACUCAGAUGGUAGAUGCUGUAACUAAAUGCAUGGUACAUAGAGAUAAAGCCGUAUCAGAAAUGAUGUAUCAUAUAAGUAAAAUCUGUCAGUGUCGAGCGCAGUUAAACCAGCUUCUACCAGAUAUUGAGACAUGUUGUCAAGAUAUUAACGCUGCCUGUAAACAACUUGUCUCACAUCAAAAAAGUCGUCAACAUGACAUCUGGAACUUUCUCAAGAUAGCUGUAAGUAUUUUAGUUGUGUAG